AUGGUGCUACAGAACGAAAGUAAAUCGGUAAAGGGUCUGGUACCCGGGCACGACAGUGGUAAUGGUGACAGUAUUGAUACUGACAGCACUAUGGACAGCAACCUAAAUGGCCCCUCUGACACGGGCCACCAUUCAUCAUCCGGUUCGAAUUCAUCGACGGGUGGCGGGAGUGCUGGUGGAGGUACAGGAGCAGGCAUCGGAAGUAUAGCCACAUCGAAUGGUGGCACAGUAGAACGAAUGUCACAUGAGCAACCGGUGAUCAAGCGGCAGCGGAUAGAGCACGAUCGUGGCCGCAGUACAGAUGGGGGAGCAGGAGGCAUCGUAAGCGCGGGAGCAGUUAACACUCUUCAACAUGGUCAAAGUAGCUUGGGGAAUAGUCCCGAAACGAGAGCUAAUGGAAUGCCGACGACCAGUACAACACCAGCGAGUUCCAGCGGAAAUUCUUCCAACGCAUCGUCGGCCUGCUCAUCCUCUACGUCGCUUUCAUCCUCGCCUUCCUGCUCCUCGACGAAGUUAGUUCCGUCCUCGUUGGACCAUUCGUCCGACGAUGAACAACAGCAGCAUUCCGCAAAGCUGGUAGCACACGCAGAACAAUCCACGGAAGAUUAUCAUGCCGUAUUUCAGGAAGCGAUCGGUCGGCAAUGCUUAUGUACGAUCGAUUCCAGCGUACUCCUUCUGUCGUUUAAAGCGCAUCGCAUCUACACGCACACGGUGGUACAAUCGGAUGGCAUUGGGGACACUGCCCCACCACUGUCCGAAUGGCCGUUCGAGCAUUUGCUAAAGUUCUUGUCGAAUGUACAGCUGCUGUUCGAUACGUACUUGAAGCAGAACAUCAAGGGCAACAUCUGCGCGGGCGUGAUGGAACUCUGUAACUAUCUCAUUCGCAGUGAUGAUCAUCCGCACCUGCAGCAUCCGCAUCUGCGAAUGUACCGGGUCAACAGUCCCACGUUUGCCGGGUUCCCAGCGUUAGACAUCGACGAGCUGAUCGGGUUGUGCAGCUGCAACAAUAAGUACGUCAGUUACUUGGCGGGUCGUAUAUUAUCCUCGUUUCUGAUCAUCGUCAAGGACGACCCGGAUGAUGACCGAUGGUUGGAGAAGAUUGUGGCGAAUCUGUUCGACUUUGGACAUCUGGAUCUGCAUGCGGUGCGAAAGAUUAACGCGAGCCUCGAAGUGAUCAAGCGAAUUGUCGAGUGGAAGGACGAAACGGAACAUCCGCUAGAGGAGGAAGCGGCAGGUGGUGCUGCUGUUGGUGCUGGUGGAGGAGGCCCGGGUGAAUGGCAUUCCCCGGGAGGGGGAUCGAGUUCGGCUACCGGUGGAGGUGCAGUUGGCGGAGCACCAUCGCUUGCGGAUAAUUACUUCGCAACGCAUUACGCAUCCCACCAGUACGCGAACGAUGAGGGUGCGUCGAGAAACAUUUUUCACUCAGCGGGUGGAAUGUCAGACGAAUCGUCCGCUACCGCAUCAUCAUCGACAUCCGGCACGGCGUUAUCCUCGGCGACCAAAGCAUCGGAACCACCGGCGGCAUCUAGUCACGGUACGAUCAGUACUACCCACCAACUGCUAUCGGGAGGCGAAGGUUCGGGACCUUGUCGGUACAUCACACUGACCGAUUCGGAAAGCUUCGACACGACACGCAUCAAGUUCGAAACGAUCAACAUCCUCGGCGGCAAAUGGUCCGCGCUGGUCAAACACAUCAGUUCGCUAAUACGAGCGCAAGCGAACAGCUCGAACCCGGCGGUGAUGGUUGCGACCGAAACCUGCAUCCUAACGUUUCUGAGGCUGUGGGAAAGUAUUAUCAGCGUGAAGGCGAACCUUUCGGUGGUGGAGACGCAACCAUUCCACUCCCAGCUGGAUAGCUUCCAGUUGCUGCUGCUCGUCACGAAGAAUGCCGUCAUCUAUCGGCAAAUGUUAACACUGUUCAAUGAGGCACUUUGUUACGGCAGCACACUGGCACUGCAGGACCUUAUCCCGGAGGAAGUUGGCAGCUUGGCACACAACAUCGUACGGUCGGUAAAGGACUACCGGAUACUGGACAAGAUGCCCAAGUCAUCGUACAGUAACCAUCUCGGAUUCCUUGGAUAUCAGGGUGAAAUAGUGCGCUACCAGAACAGGCGACUAGCACGAUUGCAUGAGUCGGUGAGUGGUGUUGGGAGUGCGUCACACCAACAACCCCCGGUGGUAGCUAGUCCCGAAACGUGUUACGAUCGCACAUUGCUGCAGAAGAUGGCGCUGCUGGUGUUGAAAGCGGUCGCAGUCAUUGUGAAGGAGAUCCGGUGUGAUUCCAGUGAUUCGAGCGUAGAUAGCAGUGACUUCGAUAUGCAGGAGAUACAGAUGAUCGAGCGCAGCAUCCGGGACGUGGUGAAGAAGCUGGAAACGUUUCUGAAGGCACAGCUGGAGUUUCAUCCCGAGAGCCACUUCAGCAAGGUGCUGAUACACCUGUUCGACGAUCAGGACGACUAUCUGGUGGAGGCGAUGGUGUGCACGCUGGACGUGACAUCGGGCAUCUCCUUCCGGAACAAUGCGUUCCCGGAGCUGAUCGCGAUGCUCAACCCAGUGUACACGUUUAUCGAGUUCUCCAACCUAGGACCAAACAUUACGCACCUGUUUCUCGAUCUGCUGAUCAGCCCGGAAACGUGCUUUCUGCUGUUUUUGCUCCGCUUUCUGAAGUACAUCCGGCAGAACUGGGCAAUGUUUACGCAGAGCUGCUACAACUACUACCGCCACAAUAGCUACAGCAAUGCGGCAACGUUGCUGCAGCACCGGUUACGGGCGGCUACCGGCAGCAAUGCGGGGCUAGUGCCGGGAGGGAGCGUUGGGAGCGGUUCGAGUCAUGGAGGGGAUCAUUCUAACGCUGCUGCUGCUGCUGGUGGCACCAACGCAAAUGUUAUACUGGACAGUGUGAUGACCGUGUUGAUUAGCUUGCGGUUGCAGAUCAGCCGGCUCGUUGCCGAUACACUGUUUCCCUACAACAUCACACCGAUUUUGAGAUUAAUCGAAAACUGCGAAAGUCUUUACGAGGGCAAUGAGUUGAGUUGA